UCAUAACUAGAACAGAAAAGCAAAAGCAAGCUUAUAGGACGCACCAUGGAAGCUUAUUCCAGCUCUUAUUCGUCAUCCAACUCUUCAUACUUAACCCAAAACCCUGAGAAAUCAAAGGGAAUGAAACAUGUGUACCCUUUUCAAUCCCACAAUUCGUUGCUCCAUUCCGUGAGGAAGUCACCGGCCAAAACUUGCAAAAAAGCGCCAGUGGCACCAAUGCCUCCAACACCAAUCAAAGUAUACAAAGUGGACGCUAUGAACUUCCGUGACCUUGUUCAGCAGCUUACAAGUGCACCAGAGCACAAGCCACAGCCACAGCCACGUCAGCAUCAGCUUAGUCAAAGCAACAGCGCACGUGCUGCUACUUCCCUUGAUGUUGUUUCUAGGUCUCCUAUGCAAAAUGAAUCACGUGGAGACACUGCAGCACCGGUUUGUACUAAAUGGUACCAUGAUUAUUUCCAAUCUGAAACCUUUGGAACAAAAUUUCAGGGGAAUAAUGAUGGGACAAUGGCAUCGGGUUUGCUGGAAAUGAACUUGUCUUCUUCGCCAUCUUCUUAUAGUAAUUGGUGCUCCUUUCCUCCUAUGAGCCCCAACACUGUCACCAGUUUGGAAGCGGGCAAGGUUCUCUAG